UCUCUCUCUCUCUCAGUGAGAGUGUGUAUGUGACAGUGUGUGCGUGCGUGCGUGCGUGCGUGUGUGUGUGUGUGUGUGCGCGCGCGUGCGUGCGUGUGUGUGUUUUCCCCCCUCCACGGUUUGGGAAGCAAGAUUACGCGCAAGGACGAGCGACUCCACGGAGUCAAAACAAAACGCGCCACCGGGGCCGCUCGUUUUUUCCACCGGAGGGAGAUUCGUCGUGUUGAGCAUCUCGCGCCGAUUCGCGUCCGAGGAGGACAAAACAGAGCAAGAUGUCAGCCAGAGGCGGUAAGAAGAAGGCCACCAAGCUGUCCCGGUCAUCCAGGGCGGGCGUCAUCUUUCCCGUGGGGAGGAUGAUGAGGUACCUGCGCACUGGCACGCACAAAUACCGCAUUGGCAUGGGGGCGCCCGUCUACAUGGCAGCCGUCAUCGAGUACCUGGCAGCCGAGAUCUUGGAGUUGGCAGGAAACGCGGCGCGGGACAACAAGAAGGGCCGAAUAACCCCCAGGCACAUCAAGCUGGCCGUGGCCAACGACGAGGAGCUCAACCAGCUGCUGCGGGGGGUGACCAUAUCGAACGGAGGCGUUCUGCCUCGCAUCCACCCAGAGCUGCUGUCGAAGAAGAGGGGGAGCCGGGUGAAGGUGGACAGCCAGUCGUCCGUCCCCGAGAAGCAGGUGGAGCGCUCAAAGAGCAAGAAACCCGUCAAAUCCUUGAAAAAGGUCAAAGGCAAACGAGGCCGAAAGCCAAAGAGCAUAGACAACGACAAAGAGUCCGUACCGAACUCCACAGCCGAGGACGGUCCCGGGGACGGAUUCACCAUCCUGUCGGCAAAGAGCCUGUUCCUCGGACAAAAGCUUUCGCUAACAGAGAGUGAAAUCGGCAAAAUCGGAACAAUCAAGGUGGAAGGGAUAAUCAACCCGACGAACGCGGAGAUGGACCUGAAAGACGGAGUUGGCAACGCCCUGGAGAAGGCCGGGGGCCGAGAGUUCCUGGACGGAGUGAAGGAGCUGCGGAAAGCACAGGGGCCUUUGGAGGUGUCAUCAGUGGCCGUGAGCCAGGCCAGCGGGAUGGCGGCGCGCUUCGUCAUCCACUGUAACGUCCCCCAGUGGGGCUCGGAGAAGUGCGAGGACCAGCUGGAGAAGACGGUGAAGAACUGCCUCUCGGCGGCCGAGGAGAAGAAGCUCAAGUCUGUCGCUUUCCCUUCACUUCCUGCUGGACGGAACGGCUUCCCGAAGCAAACGGCCGCGCAGCUCAUCCUCAAGGCCAUCUCCAACCAUUUUGUGUCGUCCACCAGCUCCUCCCUGAAAAACAUUUACUUUGUUCUGUUCGACAGCGAGAGCAUUGGAAUAUACCUUCAGGAAAUGGCAAAGCUGGACGCCAAGUGAGGAUCGGUGUUUUAGGCUUUGUGUUCUUUUCUAAGUGUCGUUUUGUUGCUGAUGGUGUAGAUAGGCGACGUGGCAGUAGGGGGUUUUGGCUCCGUCUUGGUUGACGAGGAAGAAAAAAACAAAAAAACAUUAAUUGUGUGAGUGGAGUGCUGUUCACGUUUUAUGUUCCACUGUCCCCUUCAAGAGAUUUCGUUCCUUAUAGAUUGGGUCAUUUAAAUCCGUACAGUUUGCCGUUAUGGUUCCUUGUUUCACUGAUGUUUUUACAUUCCAUGUACAAAUAUAUCAGUUGUUUUUUUUCUCCUGGCCUCUGUAGUUUCUGAUACAGUUAGUUUACUAAAAAAAAAAAAACUGUGGUUCUCAUUUGCUUUGAAAUAAAAACCCAGAUGUUUUACACCA